CCGAGCGUCUUGGGCGUCCUGCCGGGGGCUUUAGUUGGGCCGUGGUUCGCAGUUUAAGUCUUCCUCCCUGCUUCCGAAAGCGUGUUUGAAUCCUGUCUUUCAGCUCCCAGCGGGGGCGUCUUGGAGGAAACGGAGCCGGGGGUGAUGGCGCCGUCGCGUCUCGGGACCCUCUCCUGACGAUUCUGUUGCGCGGGGGGAUGUGGACGCUUGCGGGUCAGGGCUGCUGGCGCAGACGCGCGCUGGCGGCUUGGGCCACCCGGGCGGCGCGUCGGGGGCUGCCCGGGCCUCGCCCCGCGCCGACCCGGGGAGCUGCAGCCGAGUCCAAGACUCCGGACAGGAGCUACAGCUCUGCGGACCGCAAGGAAAAAAUUGAUAUGUCUAGAUUCUCUGUUGAAAACACUAGAAAUUUCAGUAUCAUUGCACAUGUGGAUCAUGGCAAAAGUACUUUAGCAGACAGGCUCCUGGAACUAACAGGGGCAAUUGAUAAAACAAAAAAUAAUAAACAAGUUCUUGAUAAAUUGCAAGUGGAACGAGAAAGAGGAAUCACUGUUAAAGCACAGACAGCGUCUCUCUUCUAUGAUUAUGAAGGAAAGCAGUACCUUUUAAAUCUCAUCGAUACACCGGGCCAUGUUGAUUUUAGUUAUGAAGUAUCCAGGUCACUCUCAGCUUGCCAGGGUGUUUUACUUGUGGUGGAUGCAAAUGAGGGUAUUCAAGCCCAAACUGUAGCAAACUUCUUUCUUGCUUUUGAAGCACAGCUAUCGGUAAUUCCAGUCAUAAACAAGAUAGAUCUGAAGAAUGCUGAUCCUGAAAGCGUUGAAAAACAAAUUGAAAAGGUGUUUGAUAUUCCAAGUGAUGAAUGUAUUAAGAUUUCUGCUAAACUUGGAACGAAUGUUGAAAGUGUUCUUCAGGCAGUCAUCAAAAGAAUACCCCCUCCUAAAGUGCAUCGCAAAAAUCCCUUGAGAGCUUUGGUAUUUGACUCCACCUUUGACCAGUAUAGGGGUGUGAUUGCCAAUGUAGCAUUAUUUGAUGGAGUGGUUUCCAAAGGAGAUAAAAUUGUAUCUGCGCAUACUCAAAAGACAUAUGAAGUUAACGAAGUAGGAGUUCUGAAUCCUAAUGAGCAGCCAACUCACAAACUAUAUGCAGGACAGGUGGGCUAUCUGAUUGCUGGGAUGAAAGAUGUCACUGAAGCACAAAUAGGAGAUACAUUAUAUUUACAUAAACAACCAGUGGAACCCUUGCCCGGGUUUAAAUCAGCGAAGCCAAUGGUAUUUGCAGGAAUGUACCCUAUAGACCAAUCUGAAUAUAAUAACCUGAAGAGUGCUAUAGAAAAACUGACUCUAAAUGAUUCCAGUGUGACAGUUCAUCGGGAUAGUAGCCUUGCCCUAGGUGCUGGCUGGAGGUUAGGAUUUCUUGGACUUUUGCAUAUGGAAGUUUUCAACCAGCGACUUGAGCAAGAAUAUAAUGCUUCUGUUAUUUUGACAACACCUACUGUUCCAUAUAAAGCUGUUCUUUCAUCAGCAAAAUUGAUAAAGGAAUACAGAGAAAAGGAAAUUACAAUCAUCAAUCCUGCACAAUUCCCUGAUAAGUCAAAAGUAACAGAAUAUUUGGAGCCGAUUGUUUUGGGCACCAUUAUCACACCAGAUGAAUAUACUGGAAAAAUAAUGAUGCUUUGCCAGGCUCGAAGAGCAGUUCAGAAGAAUAUGAUGUAUAUUGAUCAAAAUAGAAUAAUGCUUAAAUAUCUCUUCCCUUUGAAUGAAAUUGUGGUGGAUUUUUAUGAUUCUUUGAAAUCUCUGUCUUCUGGAUAUGCUAGUUUUGACUACGAAGAUGCAGGCUACCAGACUGCAGAACUUGUAAAAAUGGAUAUUCUACUGAAUGGAAAUAUUGUAGAAGAGCUAGUAACUGUUGUACACAAAGACAAAGCAUACUCUGCUGGUAAAGCCAUAUGUGAACGUCUGAAGGAUUCUCUUCCUAGGCAGCUGUUUGAGAUAGCAAUUCAAGCUGCUCUUGGAAGCAAAAUCAUUGCAAGAGAAACUGUGAAAGCCUAUAGGAAAAAUGUUUUGGCAAAAUGCUAUGGUGGUGAUAUUACCCGAAAAAUGAAACUUUUGAAGAGACAAGCAGAAGGAAAGAAAAAACUAAGGAAAGUUGGCAAUGUUGAAGUUCCAAAAGAUGCUUUUAUAAAAGUUCUGAAAACACAAUCUGAUAAAUAAUUGGUGGGAAAAUAUAAGGAAUUUUCAUAAAUUAAAAAUUGUGUAUCUUUUAUUUUUUCUUUGUAAUUUAUAAUAUGUUGAACACAACAGAAUGAAAAUUAUAAAAUUUGCUUGUUACUUUCCAGGUUUUCAGUUUUAAAUAACCUCUUGGCUUUUCUUCGAAAGAGAGUCAUGGGUGGAUAAGAGCAUAGAUUCUGAAGCCAUAUUGCCUGGUUUCAAAUUUCUGUUCCACCACUCACUAGGCAAAGUGACGUUGGCCAAAUUACCCUCUCUUUGUCUGUUUACUCUUUAGUAAAAUCAGGAUUAUACUAUUACUUACCUCCAUAGGCUGUGAAGAUUAAAUAUGUUUACAAUAUUCAGAAGACUGCAUGACACCUAGUCAGUGCUCAGUGAAUCUUAAUUUUUCAAGCAUAUUCUUUACUCACACUAAAAGGCCCCGUACUUAAGAUUCUAUCUAGUUUCAAGCCCAAGAUACAAUAUUUUCAUAAUCACCUCAAGUAUCAACUUGUUAGAUGGAUAUAUUUAGAUAUAUAUGAAUCUGUUAUUCAAUAUUCAAAUAACAGCAUCUAGACAUGUGCUGUAGUUUUUCAUAAAAUUUUUACAAAUGUUACUUUGAAACUAGACAGUUUACAUAUGCAUAUAAAUUAAAAUGAUAGGGGCUGUCUUAUUCUGAGCAUUAAAAUGCAUUUGUGCAAAGUGAUAGAUGUUUGAUAUUAGCAGCAGCUGUUAUUAAUGACAGUUUAAUAAUGAUUGCCUAGAUUUCAUAAUUGAGGAGACUGAGUAAAUAACUUAAGGUCAUAUAGCCAGUAAACAGUUGUGUUACUUUCAAAGCGUGUCUACUCAAGUCAAUAAACAAACCAGAGGGCAGACUGUAUUACAGUAAGAUAAAAUAAUUUAGCCAUUGAUUUUUGUCCUUUACUUUGAAUGAAUUGAAUGAGGUUAAUGUCUUCUAGGGAUAAGACUAUCAGUGAUAAAUUUUAUACAAGGUUGUUAUAUUAUGAGAUAAUUAUAAAUUCAGAUAGUGGGGAUUUACCUAAAAUUGUGUAUGGGGGUUACAUAACCUGUGGCUUAUGAGAUCUCAUGACCAAAGUAUCAAUAUUUUAGAAAAUGGCAGUAUUUUUGAAACUAGAAAAGCAUUUUAAUGUCAUUUCUAAGACAAGAUGUUCUACCAUUAUUGCCAGGGGAAAGUUACAAGUUGGUACCUGGCACAUAGUAUGUAUGGUGUGUCUACUAUUUAGUAUUUGUGUCUUAUUAGUAUGCUUACAGUUUGGAUACUUUUUUUUCCCCUUUAACCUCUGACUUUUUAGGAAAGUUUACUUGUAAUAGUAGUACAAAAAGUAUUUUCCAGAUUUUUUAGCAUACUCUUAAGUUCUCUUCCCUGGCCACUUUCCUAAACAUGAUUGAGAGUUGUGUAUCCCCCAGAGGGCCUUAUAUUACUAAGAUUUUUGUGUACGUUAAAAUAAUGUAAACUAUUAGUAUUAGAAUAGCCACCGUUUAUUGAGUUUAAUAUGUGACAGCCACUGUGCUAAGCUCUAUAGACAAUUCCCUCAUUCAAACUACAUGGCAAUGGAGGUACAGGCACCAUUACCAUCCCAUUUCACAGGGGAAGAAGCUCACACUUAUGUAUCAGUAUUGUCCAACAUCAUCACAGCUCUUGACAGCUGGGAUUCAAACAGUGGUUUCUUUCUCCAAGCCCCAAUUUUUAGCUACCAUGCUUUAUUGCCUCUUGUGGAAAUAUCUUCAAUAGACUUAGUUUUUUGCUUAACUGCAGCUUAGCUCCUGAGUUAGGGAGUUAAAGUAGCAGGAACGCAGUUUGCUGUGGACCUUGAGUAUAUGGACUUCGAACUUACAGGGCAGUGAUGGAAAGGAGAUUUUGGACUGUUUCAGCAAGCACAUUUAAAGCACAGAAAUAACAGCUGAACCGUGCACCAAUCUUUAGCUUUUUCACUAAACUAUAUGACCUUCUAAGGUAGUUUGCACUAACCAAUACUUUAUUACCAGGUGUGGGACUGGGAGAUAAUACUGAUUUCACUUCCUGUUCAAAAACCAUGUAUAAUACUUAAGGCUAUUAGAAGUUCAUUAUCUAGAAUUAAGGCAGCAUAUUUUAUCUUAACAGUCCUAUUUAUUUCUAAAUUUGCUAUUUAAAUGUUUUAAGGAACUUAGCUGUAAAUACAUUUCAAUCACAUAGGCAAUUAGCAGGUAUGUAAGUGAUGCUUCUACUAGGUGGACUUACAGAAAGCAAUAUAUGCAGAGAAAAGGAAGCAUAUUUUACUCCCCAAGGAGCAGAACUAAGAAUUACAGGCAGAGACAUUGUCUUUUAAUUUAAAUCUAAUUGCAUAAUGACAACAAAUAAAAAGUAAACGCAAGCUCAUAGCUACUGUUAAUUGUUAGAAUCUUUCAGAUGUAUGUGUUCAAUUUCACUGUUGGAAAUAAAAUUUAGAUAACUUACAUUUGUUUAUUAUAAGCUUUAUUUGAGUUAAAGAUAGAAAACAAUAUACUUUUAUUUGCAAUUUAAUAAUGCAAGUUGUUAUGGCAAUCAAAUAGUUUACAGUAACUUUAUAUUAUACUUCAUCAUAUGAUCCUUUUAGACAUUAUAUAUAUGUAAGGAAUAAAGCUAACCAUUUAUGAAGUUUAAUGAUAAUCAGAAAAUUUUCUUCAAAAAAAAUAAUUUCCUUAAGUGUGUUGCUAGGUAUAAAGCUCCUAAUUGCUAAAAUACUUAAAUUAAGUGCGUGAACCCAAGUCGUUAACUAAAAAUAAGAGCACAUCUGUUUAAAAAAGUGCUACAGAAGGUGGUGCACAAAAAACAUGCACUUAUACAUACUUUCCAAAAGGACGUAAACUGUACUUUUAGGCACUGCAGUCUCUUCAAAUUUUCUGUACCAACAAUAUAUAGCAGGACUUUUGAUGUCCAGAUGCUACUGCAGGAAGAUGACUAAGGCAACCACGUGCAGAAAGCUUGUGCAGAGAGAAUAUUAUAAAGAUAGCAUUCCGGAAGUAAAGGCUUGCAAUGAUAGUGGUUUGAUACCUGAAAGGCUUGGAGUGUCUUCCUGUGAUUAAAAAAUUAAAAUCUAAUAAUGCCACUGGAGUCAUAUACAUGGUACUUUAUGUACAGAAUUGUCACCUUUAAAAUGACUUAAAUUUGUAAACAGGCAGACACUGCAUUUCUGUGCUAUGUUAUAGAGUGACUGUGGCUUCUGUAACAACUAGCUGAUCAAUUGUGAGAGCCAAUUACGUCUAAACCCUAGUAUAAAAUGGACACGUUGUAAAUAUGGAAUGUUUAACAUAUAGAUAUUAGACUUCAAAAAUGACAAUAUUCAAAGAUUCCCCAAGUUUUAUCAUAUUGCAUAGCUGAAAAUUCAUCUAUGUAUAAAAGUGUUCUGUUCAUUCAAGCAGAAUUUUGAUCCAGUCUCCUUCAAUUUGCUUCUUUCAUACUGUAUAGUGGAUCCACAAGUUUAUUGUGCACAUGCAUUAAACCUUAAAGAAAAAAAGCACAGUUCUAGUUGUAUUUCUUAUUUUGAACUAUAUCUUAUUUAGAAAACAAAAGAUUUAAUAUUAAAAUACAAGUAUUCUGGCUCCCAUCUAGUACAAAAUAGUUAAAUUUAUUGGAAAAAUGCAAAUAGAAAUGUUUCAGAAUGUUUAGUUUUAACUACCUAGCAUAUAUCAAUUUAGUUAUUUAUGAAACCAUGGAUCUGGAAUGGGUACAGGUUCUUUGUGAGUAACCAGAAGUAGGGGCAGUUCUUGUCUUUAGAACUUCCUUCAGUAUGACAAAAUAACAAAUUUGAAUACUAAUUACAUCUAAAAGUCUGUUGAGUUUGACCCUCUGCCAGUUAAUCUAACAGACUCCAACAAAGGGCUCAGAACUGUUGUUACAUCAGUUCUCUAAUAUAUUACCCUAUCCAUUCAUCUGGCAAAUUAUUUUCUACUAUUUUGACAUGUGUAUUUACAAUAGGGGUUGAUUACAAGCCACACAGGUUUACUAAAACAAUAAGAUAACCUAAAUAUCAAUUUCCAAGUAAAUUUAAAUUUCAUCUUAUAAUUGGUAUGCUUGUAAACUGUCCUUAAUUUUAUUAAAGCUUCUUGGGAGAUAUAUUCCAGUUAUUCAUGUCUUAAUGCACAUGUAUCGUAUUUAGGGAAAUAAACUGUCCCAAUUAAUGAACUAAAGAUUUUAUAUUGUGCAGGUUAAAGAAAUCAGUUAAAUUUACCAGGUUGUUAAGAACAUGGAGGCUGGGGAAAGGGACUCAUAAUGUGGUUUUCUUAGGAAAUGGGAUUACUGGAUCGAGGAGACAGGGUACUUGUUAGUAAGAAGGUGUACUUUGUCAGAAAGGCUGCAAAAGCACUCUAAAAUCCAAACUGUGAAGACCCACUUUUAAGAGAUAAGCAAAGGGACAUGCAGAGAACACUUAAGUAUACGUGUAGUAGAAGAAAAACCAGGAGUGGAACAGUCUUAAAAGGAGAGAGAAAUAUUCACUCGUGAAAUUGAAAGAGAGAAUGCUAAUUAACUCAACAGCUCACUUCAGUGUCUAAUCAGCACCUCAAACUUGUUAACAACAUCCAGACCCAUUUUCCCCUUCUAAACCAUUUCUUUAAAAAUACUGUAUAUGGUGUUACCCUCUGAUGAGCUGCUAAAGCCAGACAACUGAAAUUCACUGUUGAUUUUUUUCUCUUUCCUUUUUAAAUUCAGCAGCAAGACUGGUGGGCACUACUUUCAAAAUAUUGAUAUAUCCCAAAUUAGCUACAUUUCUUCAUCUCCACAGCACUGCCCUUAGUCGAAGCCACUUUCAUCUCUAAUCUGAUUACCAACUCAGCACCCUACUUUCAUCACUUCCCAUUGUCCAAUUUUUCUAAAAACAGAAGCUAGAUUAUACCAUUUCCCAACUUAAAAUUCUCCAAUUGCUCUUGUCACUUAGAAUAUAAUUUAGAUUGUAUUAUAUUAUAUAUAUUAUAUUAUAUAUAUGUAUAUUAUUUAGAUUCAUUUAUCCUUCUGAUCUCAUGUCCUCCCCACUCUCCCCCUUUUGUGUUACACUCAACCCUGGCUUUGUUGCCAUUACCUCAGAAAAGCUAAGCUUGGUUAUAGUACAGGGUCCUUAUAUUUGCUGUCUCAUUCAGCCUGGAGUGCUCUUCUCCCUGAGCAAAGCAUGAUUAUCUCCUUUUGGCUUUUUGGGUCUCAGCCCAAAUGUCACCUUAUAAUGAAUUACUGUUUCACUUUCUUUAGAGCAAUUUUCACUCUUAGAAAAUGUUUUUCCUACCAUGUCUCCAACUAGAAUCUGAGGUCCAGGACCUUAAAUUUACUGCUCUAAGUCCUGGGUCUAUAAAGGUCAUGAUACAUGUUGGGAGCUCAAGAAACAUUUACUUUAAAAAAUCUGUGAAGAUUCAGUGAGAUGGUCUCUGGAAGCUUUUUUUAAAUUUAAAAUGAAUCUAGAAUAUAGUUAAAAAGGAGGCAGGAAAAAAGGAGGGAGCAGAGACCAAGAUUCUGUAGUUCAAGGUCCUGAAGACAGAAAAGUAUCAAGGGCACUGGCAGAACGGCUAGACGUGAAAGGAAAGGAUGCUUAACGAUUAGGAUAAAUUUAAAAUCUUGGAGGUAGGACUGUGGAGGAACUGAAGUUAAGCCUUCCAUGCAGCUGGAGGGACAGAAGGGUCAAAAGGUUAAAAUAAGUAAUGGGAAGAGUUUGAAGAAAGCAAAACAAGGAGCACAGCUAACCCAGGAAAUGAAAGAAUUAUGUAUAAAAAGUACCAAACUAAGCAUAAAGGCACUUGAUCGGUUCUGCCUCCACCUCAGGUAUAUGGCAGCCAUUUAUCCAUCUGGCCUUACUUAUAAAAUGGAGUAACCUCAGCUCAAAAAUUUAAAAAAGAAAGCAAUGUACUCAACAUAGUGCAUAAAAGUCUUAUAAUGAUGUUUGGUAUAUAUGUCUGAGAUAAUGUAAUCUCUGAUACUUGAAUGUUUCUAUAGUGACAGUUCCAUAAAGUUAUAUAACCCUCCCUUCCGUGCUUACCAGUGCAGACAAAAAGCCUGUGAUAAAAAUCCAUGAGUAUGUGGACAAACCAACAAAUACUUCAUUCAUUAGACUGUUUUAUGCAAACUAUCUCCGAGGCUGGAUUUGAAGCACACUGGUUUAUUGGCAUUUGUUCUUUGCUCAAAAAAUGUUAAUACAUACGAAUAUUUUUCUCAGGGCUAAUAACCCCUCCUCCCCAAUACCCUUUUGAAAGGCCACUGAUAUGCAAGCCCUCAUUUGCCUUUUCACUCUUAAUUUUGUUUUUAAAGUAUAAGCUAGCCCCAUUUUAUCGGUAUACUUUGUUCUCUAUUAAGAGGAACUUUUUCUGCAACUGUGUUAGCUCAUCCUUACACCUGUGCUAUUAUGGCAUUCUCUUCAAAUCUAAGUGUUACCAUCUUCUACAGCUCUCAGUCCCAUCAGCUCCAUUCAAGUUUUCAUCAACUACUAUGUAACUAUAAAAAUCUCUCCCUUAACAUCCCUUGGACUUCACAGUGAUUUACAUAAUUUAGCACUUAAACUGAAAUGGUAUCAACUUCAUGUGUCAUCCAUCUACCUGCCCAACUACCUAGAAUUUACCAAGUGUCUCCAGUGUACUAGGUAGGUACCCUUUGAGAUGCUCAUCUAUUGCAAUGAACCAAAACUGAAGUCCCUACCGUCAUGGAGCUACAUUUUAUUUUCUCGAAUCACUUAGUGAGCCAGUUUUAUGAAGAAUGCCAACUACUUUCAGGCAGGGAUACUUGUACUUCUUUCGGGUAUAACAACACAUGAGACAAUGUACUUGAAGGCACUGUAACCCAUGUUUCUUGGCUGAUGACAUUAACUGGAAAAUAUAGUUUACAUUUACCAAAAAUAAACAUUAAAGGGUAAUUUUUUAAUACUGUAAAAGGUAUCUGCUAAUGAAAAAUAUUUACCAAAUAAUUAGCUCUAAAUAGAACCAAUCUUAUUUAAAAUAAUAUUUAACUGAAAAGUUUAACAACCAGUAUGUAAAAAGCAGCAAAAUGGAGAUUGGAGAGACCCAAGAGAGGGGACAAACAAAGAUAAUGGUAAUCUCAGCCAUGUGGUUUAGAAGAUAUACCUCUUCCAGAGUAUCAGCUCUUUGAGGAUCAUUCUACUUGAUAUAAUUCAUCUAUCAUUCACUUAAAGCUUUGAUCAUGGAAAGAAUACAUUAGAGCUUAAAAACACACAACUUAAAACAUCAGGAUAAACAUUAAAAAUACAACUCCUGUAAAGUUUUUUAAAAACUAAACACUGGCUGUAACUUGUACAUAACAUAAAGCUAGUUCCAAACUAAAAAUAAUUUUGGAAAUUUUAGUACUUGCUUUCUGAAUAAUAAAUCAAGAGUUUGCUAUGACUAAAGGUAAAAACUGACAACGUUCUACACAAGAAUGUGAUAAAAAUAAAUAACUGCUUAACUCAUAAACAGAAGUAAAUUCUAAUGAGUAUUGAUAAAAAUGCAUAGACUUUCUGAUGUUGCUUGAAGAAGAAAAGUUAAAUAUAAUAGAUUUUAUAGUUUGGUUCAAUCUGAAUUCAUUCAGCCUCUAUCAAGCUAUUGGAGCUAUUGGAGUAAGGCCUAAAAAGGAUAAAACAAAAAGAAUGUUCACCAUGAUGAUGAUGUCUUGAAAAUAUAUUAUCUCAGGACAUAAAACAUAGGUUUUAUUUUUUAAAAAACAAAAAACUAGAAUAAAACAAAUUAAAAUGUUUUCCUGUGAUUUACUUAUAUCUUUCAAAAGAUAUAUACUGAAGUAAACUUCCAUAUGCUAAUGAUUUUUAUUGUUUUAGAUGUAGUUAACCUAGACUUCAAGAGCUAAAUAAUUAGAACCCUUUAAGAUUCCUCUUGACACUUUUAAAGGGAUGGCAGAAGAAAUAGUGAUGUGAAUGGUAUUCGAAGAAUUACAGAUUAUAACUAAGGGAUUCAUUUCCUUCAGUAUAUCUUGCAGUGAUAUAAUAAUAAGGAUAUGACAGAUACAUAAAACUACAUUUAUAACGUAUAAAUUUAUGAAGUCAUUUUACCUAAUAUCAAAAUAUCUUACUGUAAGAUGAGGUCUAUAUAUAUAGCCCAGAACAAUACUGCAAAUCCAUUUUUCUCCAUAUUGAAGGAGGCAUCCUGACAGAGGCUGAUGUCCUGAAUCUCUUCAGAAAUAUAUAAAGCUCCAAUGGAAAAUAAUUUCUAAGUGACUUUAACAUCCGUACUAAGCCUGUUAAUUCACCUAUAAAUGGGAUUAUAAGAGUACCCAUGUCAUAUAAUUGUGAGAUUUAAGUAAAUCAGCAAGUAUAAUAUGCUUAGAAUAGCACCUGGUCAUAUAACUAUUGGCUAUUAUUAAAUGUUUACUUCACUAAAAUGUAAAAAUUUUCUGAUAAAAACUAAACUGACAAAAAUCAGACAAGUAUAGGGGUUUAUCUGGGGAUUACUGGUGCUAGAAAAUGGCAAUGUUAAAUGAAUCUCCUCAAAACUGUUAUUAAAAUAUGUGGAUAGGGUUUCCCUGGUGGCACAGUGGUUGAGAGUCUGCCUGCCAAUGCAGGGAACACGGGUUCGUGCCCCGGUCCGGGAAGAUCCCACAUGCCGCAGAGCAGCUAGGCCCGUGAGCCAUGGCCACUGGGCCUGCGUGUCCGGAGCCUGUGCUCCGCAACGGGAGAGGCCACAACAGUGAGAGGCUCGCAUACCACACACACACAAAAAAAUAUGUGGAUAAUGAAGAUUCCUUCUAUUAACUUUUUCAAGGAAUCUAAUAUUUGUGAUGAAACCUGGACUACAUGGAAAUAGAUGGGUAAACCUCCAUCUAAGAGCUCUUAUUCACAACCCAUAACUGAGGUAUUCCCUGCUUUUAUCUGUCAAAUUACUAACAAGCUAACAAUUUUCAGUUUAAUUUGGUAUAUUUGUGACUUGGUAAAAAACUGGUAAUUUAACUGAUAAAAAUAUAAAUGACUGGAAGUAAUCUAAGUGCUUAACACUAAGGAAACCUUUAACACCUUUUCUUAAAGAGAUUUAAAACGUAUUUUCAUUCAUAUAGUAUCAGUAGUACACUUAUUACAUACUUUGUGAAUUACUGAACUAUACAUAUGACUAAUUACAUAAUAUUUUCAUAUCAGCUAUAUAAAUACAGGUGCUUUGUAAAAAGUACCUAUUUAUACAGCUUGUUUAUGUGUGUGUAUUUAUAUGUGGAGUUGACUCAAGCAGGGAAUGGCUUCUAAACUGAGUGUAUUCAAAAUUGUCCUUGAAAAUCUCUUAAACACCUAUCACAGCAAGUUUAUAUGGUUAUAUAUAUAUAUAUAUAUAUAUAUAUAUGGUAUGGUAAAGUUUAAAAAUUACUGAACUAGACUGUAGGAAGAAGCAAAAGGAAGCUAAAUAUGCAGAAGUCUGGGCAAACUCUGCUUACUUGCAGAGUUUAUUCCAUACUGUUUGACAUUUAGCAAAAUUUAUUGUGAAGAUUAAAUGAGAUAGUGGGCAACCCAUCUUAUCCCCUGAUUUCAUUCUAAACAUAGCUGAGAGGUUAGGGUGGGACAGGUAAACAACGAAAAAAUUAGAAAGGACAUAUAUACAUUUCCUUUGGGGCUAUUUAAUCUUGUAUAUUCAAUAUGAAAGUAAAAUAUUUAAUUUUGGAUUUCAAGAAACAUCUUGUUUACUGGAAAUAUAGAUUGAAGAGGUUUUCUUCAAGAAAAAAUAUUAGGAAAUUACUUUGAAAGCUAGUAUUAUCUGAAGUGAGACAUUUCUAAUCCUUAGCACAGUGCCAGUUUUCAAUAGGCCACAAUGCAGAAUGUAACUCCCCAGUCAUACUAAGUUUUAAUUGUCAUCUACAAUGGAAUAUUCUCCCAGUCUGCUUUUGAAAUUUCAGUGCUCACCUUUAAAGUAUUUCACAGUUUUAACUCUUAAUUCUAAAGUAGCAUCUUCAUCACAUACAAAAAUAGUUCGGGGAUGUUGCUGGAAGGCUGAAACAGUCCACAUGUGAUUGACUCCUUCUUCUAUUGCUUUGUAGAGAGCAAAUGCCUUGUGUGCACCUGUUAUGAGGAUCAUUACCUGAAAAAUCGUGGACAUUACCUGUCAAUUCUUAAAACAUGUUCCAAAUGACUAAGAAGCUCUAUUUUUUUUAAACAAAGAAUUUAGCACCAAUAUUUUUCUGAGGGUUAAAAUAAAAAUAAACAGCUCCAUAUUUCUUCAUAGUUCAAGGUAUUUAUUUCUGCUCUUUAAGGUAACAGGCAAGCACAAAGUGUAUCUCUACUUCUGGCUGAACAAAGUAAAAUAGUGUCUUGUAAUGGAGUAUUAUUGAAUAUACCAUAAUGCCUAUGAUAAUUAACACAUUAAAUACUGAUGUACAAGAAGAGACCUGGGAGAAUGAAGAAAAAGAAACAAAAGGGAUGUUUUGCAAAAGCAGAGUUACAGAUCAACAAAGAAUUUAUAUAACCAGAAAUGAUAUAUCAAAUUGCUCUAGCCCAGAUAAGCAAUAGAUAUUACUUUGGAAAAGCAAAAGACUCUGAAAUAAGAUAUUUUAAAAGUAAUCUAGAGAAAUGAGCCUAAAGAUUGUUUCACUGAACGGGUGCUAUCUAAAGCUGUUUUGGAACAAAACUAGAUUUAAAGAAGGGUUCAGAAUCUACUUAAUGCAGGAACUGUCCUUUAAACACACAUAACUGAGACCAUCCUUAGGUACAGAAAAUCCAAGGUCUUUGUCCCAGAUCCCUGAUAGCCUAUGAGAUAAGUCAAAGAAUAUAUGCAAAUGUGAGUGAGUGUAUACAGGUGUCUGAAUGAAUCUUUUCUUUAACAUUUUUAGCAGUAAAUCAAUCCUGUUUUUACAAGUUAAACAGUUUAUGUAAUGUAAUAAAUCUUUAAACAUGUUUUUUUCUGAUUAUUUUUAAAAAAAUGAAUGUUAAAGUGGUUGUAAUUCUAAAAUAUCUGUAACAAUGUAAAAAUUCUGUAUUUCACAUUUUAUAACCAGACCUUCUAAAACAGGGAGGAAAUUAAAGAUUAAUGAACCAGAUAUUACUGUAUUUCUU